GGCUGAGACGCGGCCGCCGCCAGCAAGCGUCCGCUCGGGCGCAAGCGGACGCUUAACCAUGCAUACGAGCCGUUCUCGCGGCGUGCAUAACUUUGCGCUCGUGGUUGCUCUCACGAUCGCUUGGUUGUCUCACGCUGAUCAUGCCGCGGGCACCGGCGGUGGGGGGAUGUUCGGUGACGUCAAUAUCUCAGCCAUUUUGGAUUCGCUCAGUGUAAGCUACGACAAGAGAGUGAGGCCAAAUUACGGAGGACCGCCCGUGGAUGUGGGAGUCACCAUGUACGUGCUCUCCAUCAGCUCCUUAUCUGAAGUGAAAAUGGACUUCACCCUCGAUUUCUACUUCAGGCAAUUUUGGACCGAUCCAAGGUUGGCAUAUAAGAAGAGGACGGGCGUGGAGACUCUCUCUGUCGGAUCUGAGUUUAUAAGAAACAUUUGGGUACCCGAUACCUUCUUUGUGAAUGAAAAACAAUCAUAUUUCCACAUUGCUACAACUAGCAACGAAUUUAUCCGCAUUCAUCAUUCUGGAUCUAUUACACGUAGUAUAAGACUGACAAUCACUGCUUCCUGCCCAAUGGAUUUACAAUACUUCCCCAUGGAUCGUCAGUUAUGCAACAUCGAGAUUGAAAGCUUCGGCUACACCAUGCGGGACAUCCGAUACAAGUGGAACGAGGGGCCCAACUCUGUGGGCGUAUCGAGCGAGGUGUCGCUGCCGCAGUUCAAGGUUCUGGGCCAUCGCCAACGAGCCAUGGAGAUCUCUCUCACCACAGGAAACUACUCGCGUUUGGCAUGCGAGAUUCAAUUUGUACGUUCUAUGGGAUAUUACUUGAUUCAAAUUUAUAUUCCAUCUGGAUUAAUCGUCAUCAUAUCGUGGGUGUCUUUUUGGUUGAAUAGAAAUGCGACACCAGCUAGAGUGUCGUUGGGCGUAACAACUGUUUUGACUAUGACCACCCUAAUGUCUUCAACAAAUGCUGCUUUGCCCAAGAUUUCGUAUGUGAAAUCUAUCGAUGUCUACCUAGGAACCUGCUUCGUGAUGGUCUUCGCAAGCCUAUUAGAAUAUGCUACUGUUGGCUAUAUGGCUAAACGAAUACAGAUGAGGAAACAACGGUUCACUGCUGUUCAAAAGAUGGCUGCUGAGAAGAAAAUGCAUAUAGAUGGACCACCUGGAACUUCUGAACCGUUGCCGCCACCAAGAACUAGUACUCUCAAUAGACCAUUGCCACCAAGUCGAUCAUCGGAGGUGCGAUUCAAAGUACACGACCCGAAAGCUUAUUCAAAAGGCGGAACUCUUGAAAACACCAUCAACGGGGCACGGGCACCUCCACCACCACCUGUUCCUCAACCUGAGGAAGACCCCGCUCCACCUCCGCAUCUCUUGCAGGCAUCAAAGGGCAUCAACAAACUACUCGGCACCACACCAUCGGACAUCGACAAGUAUUCCCGCAUCGUGUUUCCCGUUUGCUUCGUCUGCUUUAAUCUUAUGUAUUGGAUAAUUUAUCUCCACGUGUCCGAUGUCGUAGCCGAUGACUUGGUGCUACUUGGCGAGGAAAAUUAAACUAAUGGCACGACUAUCGAUAUUCCUACAACAGAGACGACGACUCGAGCGUAAUAUUUAGGAUACUCGCCAUCUCCCUUACAAUACAUUUUGGCAAAUGCUUUUAAAAUUAUAAAAAAAUGUAAUCCUUUAGCAAUAUAAUCAUGAUUAUCAUAAAAAUUGCGUCACACAAUAAUAUUAUAAGUAUAUUGUAUAGUAAGUGGCACUGAAAACUUAUUUUCUUUAGAGAUUAACAAAUAAUAACUAAUAUCGUUGGUUAUCCCAUAUUUUUGAAUAGAAAUCUUUUGAUUGACGAACUGGUCAUUAGUGACACAAAAGUUUCUGAUAUAAAAUUGAUCAAUUACUCGAAAAUAAAUCAAAAAUUUACUGCGAUUGAUUUUGGAAAAGCUUUGAUAUUUUUAAGUUUUAAUGAACAUGCGCUAAACGAUUGCUUGUUAUUACUUACAUCAAACUCAAUUUUAUUACAUGAAGCUAUCAUUAAUAACGAAAGACUUAUAUAUAAUGUAAAAGUAAACAUUUUGCCAUGUUUAGAAAAAGUCAACAAUUUUAUCUUAGUCGAUGUACGUUGCUGACUUGAAACCUACAAUAAUUAAGGGGAUCCAAACGAAAGCUCUUUUACAUUCCUUUUCAGUACCUUUAACAUGUAGAAAGAAUUUAAGUAUUUAUAUCACGUUCACAUAUUUAGUUUUAGAUAACGAUAUUAAUGUUGGUCAAGUUACUUAGUAAUAGGAAAUAAAAUUCUAAAACCAGAUUCUAACAGUGAUAAUUGAGAUAGCAUUAUAAAUUAUUUUUCGUUUCAAUUAGUUUGAGUCAGUAUUCAAUUGUCAAAGUAUAGGUCGCUUCAUAUCUCUACCAAGUUAACUUAAAUUUUACUUAUUUGAGAAAUAUAUAAAAAAUCGUAGUACCUAUUCAUUACUUAGUGCCUCUUCUUGCAGUGAUACUUAUAGAUAUUCUUAUAGUUCCUUCCGUCGAACUAUUCAAAUUUAUAAAUUGUAUCGAACACAAAGACCUAAUUUUAUCUAUGGAAAUGAAGAGGACUUGAAAUUAUUGUAGAAUUACUAUAAUGUCAGGGAUAUAAAAUAAGACGAAAUGUAAAUAUUAUAUAUACAUUUAUACGGCUAGGAUAUUCAUGGAUGGAAGGAUACACAUUAUCGAAUAGCAAUACAUCUAAGUUUAAAAAUACUUACACAGUUAAUGCAACCGUAAUAGCUAUACUACUAAAAAGUUACAUAGUCAUUCAAGACGAGUUUCAGCAGAAAUUGUUGUACAAAAUUUGCCCAAACUUUGCUCAAAACAGUGACUUACUGUUUUGUGGUAUAACCAUAAUAUUUUUGACUUCACAUUUUGUUACUUUUCUUUUAAUUCAGGAAACCUUAAAUGAAAAUACACUACACUAAUACACCAUAUUUAUCACUUUCCAGAAAAAAGGAUUAUUUACUUUUAGUAGUAACCUUUUCCGGCUUAUACCCGAACGCGGACUAAAGUUAAUCUUGAUUUAAAGCUAAUGCUUUCUCUGUCUUCUUUUUAGCAAACAGAAGUGACAGCAUCAGUUUUCAACCAGGUUUAACUUCAGUCGAUGUUCUGUAAUAAGGCAGAUAUUGUUUAGUGUUACUUAAAUACCUAGGUUAUAUUAUAUGUCUCAUGAAAAUUUUAAAACGUUCGUGUCUACAUUUGAUGUAUUGGUAUUCAAUACUGUCUAGGUUCCCGAACAUCAGAGAAAGUUGCGCUAGUUUUGUAAAAAAAAUAAUACCUACCUUAUUUUGUUCAAUUAUAAAAAUAUACACUGACUCACUCCAAUAUUAAAUCUAGUGCACAGAACACUUUAUUACGUAGAGUAAAAGUAAUAUUAACGUUUUUGGACUUAUGUCUCAAAUUGUUUUCCAAGAAUGUUUGAGAAAAUUAUCGUUUACGUAUUUUUAAUCGUUGAAUGUCUACCUAGUAGAUAAAGUAUCUACGAUAUCCAUUUAUACAAUGGACUUGACUUAAACCUGAUGUUCAUAUUCAUUAAAGUAUUAAAAUAGGAGCAAAAAUCCAAAAAUAUCUCGGUGUAUUGAUCUGAGAGGUGUUCAUUGAAAUUGUGACAAUUUUGCACUGGCUAAACUUAAGUGAAGACGCGUGAAAGUAAGUAAAAAUCAAAUAAGUAAUGUAAUUAUUGUUUAGUGUUUAUAUAAUCAGAGCUAUUUGCUUUUUCCACAAAAAAUCACAAUAUGUAGUUAGAAUUCAUGAAAUGUGUUUCUUUUAUUUCUUUUUGUGAAUAAGAAAAGCUAUUUAAUUCUUAUUUGAAAAUUUGAUUUAUUGGAUAUUUUAAAACGAAUAAGUUUUCAUGUCGCUACGCCGAAAUGUUGCACACAACUUGGUCAUUAUAUAUUAUUGCUGUCGAUGCGGUAAAUAUUUUAUUUGUAUUUUAACUUAUAGUUAUAUACAUUACCAAACUUAAAUAGGUUUAAAGACUUUAUCAAAGUCCUAUUCUAGAUGGUUUUUUAUUAUGCCUACUAUAAAAAUAUUCUAUACUAUACCAUUAAAUAUUAUUUAAUUCAACCGUCCCCCAUUUAUUUCGAUAUAGUUUAACUGUCGAAAAUUUUUCAUUGCAGUCCGAUAAUCGUACCUUUUGGUGAUUUUUCGUCAAUUAUUAUAUUCACUAAGCGUCUCAUAUCAAACAGAUAGAAGUUACUUUUAAAAUUAAAUACAUUGUAAUCCAGGAUCCAGUGAUAAGAAUUGAUAAUUAUAUAUUAUUUUUAUCAGAAUUGAUAUUUAUGAAAUUUAAUUUUAUUCCAACAUUCCUUUAAUGGUUUUAUUACAGUUUCCUUUUACAUCUAAUACGACACUCUUAUCGGGAACACAUUUUUUUCGGAAUUUGCUCAAUGUUUGAAAAGUUAUAAGGAAAAGGAGUGCAAGUAAUAGACGUUGCGUCUAGGGAUUGAAAUAAGUAGGCUAAGUAGAGAUACUUUAAGAAGAGAUUUGCCUCCUAUAUUAUUAUAGCUGAGCUAUUUCAUUUAUUUAAUAAGAAUUAUUAUUAUAAGUACCCUUGUUAUCCAAGUCUUUUUAAAUUAAGUUUUCAAUCUUACAAUUAUGAAGACUGAGUCAUUUUCAUUUCAAUUAUAACUGAAAGUUAUGUUAUUCUGCUAACGUAAGGACCGCGGUUUUGUAGAAAAAUUUGAAUUAUAAACUGCAUCUGAUAAGCUUCUUUUCAAGAAACUAUUAUCUUUAUGUAUACUAGUAUUCAUGAAUGAUCACAUUCUAUUGACCGAUGAAUUUAUGAUUGAAAAUUAUUUGAUAUUUAAAAAAAAUAUGUUAAGUUUGUAAUUUAGAAAAGAAAAAUUAUAAUAUUGUUAUAGUACGAUUAGUAGUAACAUACAGCCAAAUUUAUAAGAGUAAUUUAAAUAAUGACUAGUUAAAUUUCAAUAUGUGAACUAUGAAAGAAAUGUACAUUUUGAGAAAGACAGAAUUGUGUAAGAUGUGAAUUCGCAUUAUAUUGCACCUAGGGAGUAAGGUAGUAGAGUAGCUUAGCGCAGGAGGGAACAAGCGAAAUGCGAGAAAUAUAUAUUGAAUAGAAAAUCUAAUUACAUUGAACCAAAGCGAAGCCUCAGAAACUUCGAGAGAAGCCUAGUUCUGUUUGGCAUACAAACAUUUUUCAGCGUUUCGCUUGUAAACCUCUUGAGCGAAACCAAAUUCUAAAUCACAUUUAAAUAAAUUUAGUAUAAUUAAAAAUAUUUAUAUGUACGGCGUGAUUGAAUAAAUCAAAACAAAGAACAUAAGAUUAUUUACUACUUAGAUUUAAGAUGAUAUUCGAUGAAGUUGGACAAAAAUAUCAUUCACAAGAUUGGAUCUGCUAAUCUUAUUAAACACAAAAAUGUAGUUUAUUGCACAUACAAAAUGUUUUUACUUUUAUGAGAAACGUGCUAUGCAUAUUUUCGGACCAUUUGAGCACUGGAAGCUUUAAAGGUAAUUUUUUUUCGAUGACGGGGAGAAAAAUGCGUUUCAUCCACGUACAAUGAAAGGUUCCUAAGCCCUAAUUGAGAAAUCAAAUUGGAAUCACCAGUAACGAUCGCAUUUUGCUUAGAAUGCAAUUAUCAAUUAAAAAAACGCAAAAUUAGCUUUAUAAUUUAUAUUUUAAUGAUUUCCACAUAAUAUAUCGUUUAUUAUUUGAAUAUUUGCUAAUUAUUCCAUUAUUUCUUUAUUAUUACACUUUAAUACGUGCCAAAUGUACGGUUGUAAUACUUGUUUGUAUGUUUAUUGUAUUAAAUUCUAUAUUUUGAUGUCAAAAAGGGAAAAUUCAGCUAUUGCUAUUUUAUAGUUUUGAGAAAGAAACUUUAGGUUUCAAUGUUCAGUGCACCGUAAGGAAUAAAUAUCAAUAAUGAAAUAAAUGUAUUUAACAAUGGGAGUUAUAAAUUAACAAUAUAAUUUUUAUUGGGUAAUUUAAUUUAAAAAUCAACAAAUAAUUAUUGUGUUUAUAACACAGUUGCAGUCAAAAUUAAAUAUACAACAUUCUGUAUCACAUUAUUUUUGUAGUUUUGUUUUUCUUACUUAGUUAAUUAAUGUACGUGAAAUUUGAUUAAAAUUAACUAUUUAUAAAUAUAUAAUUAAAAUAAGCCAUUGAAUUUAUUAAAGUAAUUUGUUUAGAUCAGGUCAUUGUCUACUGGAAGUCAGUGUUUGGAGGAUCGACGUUAACAGAUACUGUAUAAUAGUAUUAUUCCGACUUCUCUAUGUGGUAUAUUAAAUAAUACAUAUAAAUUGUGAGGGGUUAAAUUGUUAUCAGUGUAAUAUGUGUUGCUGAAUUUGCCAAGGUAUUGUUCUGGAAUGAUACCUAUCGUUAAUCAAUUAUUGGAUAUUAAAGAAUAACUGCUUACCAUUGUGGAGUUACCCUAAUAGCAUAUUAAGCAAACGGUUGUACUUCGAGGACCUAUACAUGUGUUUAGGUUAAUAUAAAACGCUUUAUCGAUGUUUUAGAUUGUCUGUGGAUUCACUCAUAAAGUGUAUAAAUAAUAAAGUGUCCGUUAAUGACUAAAUAAUCUAAACUCUAUAUUUCAAUGCAUUUUUAACCUCACCAAAAGUGGCAUUGAUCAGCAUCAUGGUAAAUUGAUUUCUUCCGUUUUAACUAUGCAAUAUAAGUUCCAAGUAAUGAUAUGAUAAUAAUUUGGUGAAUUAUAUUAAAGAUAUAUUGGUUACAUUUAAAAAAUUUGCCUUAAAACUAACAAUUCUUAAUACUUUUUUGAUUGGUAUUAGGCCCCUUUGUUUGAUACAUGGUGUCAAGUGACUAUUACUCAAAGUCAAGUCAAAUAUAUGGUAGUACUUUUUUAUCUUAUUUUAACUAUUGUUACAUUUAACUAUGUAUCGAACAACCGGCUCUUAGCAGAGUAUUAACACGCUCCUGUCCCCGUAGCAUGAGCACCACAAUUUACGCUAUAUCACGUUUUUAUCGCGUCUAAUUGUCAAACUUCAAAGCAAUUUGACAAUUGAGCGUGAUAAAAACGCUUUAUAUAUCAUAUUGCAGUGCUCAUACUAGGGGCAUAUAUAGAUAGGGGCAUAAAUAGGCUGAUGGUAUAUAUAGAUUACAGAUAUUAUAAAUUUCUACAUUACCGCGAUAGUUUUUAAAUAUCCUCCUUAAUUUAAAUCAUCAUCAUAAAAACACUUUUUUAUUUGUGUCACGUCAUGAUGUAUCUGGCCUCCUUCAUUGAUUUCACAGAAAUGAUCAUGUUUUCACGUCAGUAUUAUAAAAUACAACUAAAUUUAAUUAAUAGCAUGAAAUUAGCGUGUUAAAUAUUGUAGCUUUAACUAGGUGGUAUGUACCUGAAACACUAAAUCUACACUAUCGUAGAACUGUAACGGUUUAUAUAUUAUUAUUAAGAAUAUAUUUAUAAAAUAAAUAUCUUUGAAUUCAAAAAUGUCUAAACCCGAAUAUUGUACUUCCAUUCUGGCGUUCAAUAUCCGUAUUUUGUUUGCCUUCAUAGCGCAUGGCAUCUUGUACCAAAACUAUCUGUUUGAAAACUACCGUGUACUUUAAUUUGAAUUGAUUGAACCUUAGGCGAUGACCUUUUCGCAUUGAUUCGAAGAAUACAUAGUUUCUUGCAACUAUUAUAAGCAUCGGGUUCAAGCGAUUGUUGCCUAAAAGUGCUAACUCUUCAUCUUGUCCAAAGCUUUACUCCAUUUAAAAUUUUGUUCAGAGCAAAUAUUAGCUCAAAUGAACUAGUACUUGUUUCCACCGAACAAAUGUUCAGAACAAACGCUCUAAAAAAAGCUUGUACGGUCAUGCCAGCAUUCGUUAGCCUUUACGUUGUUUCCAUUGAUUUGUUUAGCGAGUAAAUGCUCGCAAAUACUCUCUGAAAUAAGCCAAUCGUCGUUGAAUGCUCCAAACUCCGAACUCGUUUAAUCGGUCUGGUGUUUCCAUUUACCUAGCGAGCAAAUGUUAGCUCGUUCAGAACUAUUCUAAACACUAAAUGGAAACGUCGCAUAAGAGAAUGCCAAUACGUGAUCAUCACUUCUUUGAGCAAAUUUUAGGUUAACUGUCGACCAAUCCAAGUCGAAAGAGGUACCGACAGCUCGAUUUUGACUCAAACAUAAAUCAAUCGCAGAUUCUCAGACUUAAUGCGAUCUUAUAAAGCAUUAUAAUGUAUAGAUUGUCGUGCUGCGCUAUUCUCUAUGUUAAAGUGCUGCUGCUGAAAUAAUACUAUCGUGUUAAGUCGUAUCAGUCCCUAAUAGAGUUUAUUUUCGAACAUCAUUUUUUUAUAGAACAAAAGGUAUUCUACGUGCGUUUAAUUUAAGGGACUGGCACGAGCUGACUGGGAAUAAUUAUUUUAGCGGCCGCACUGUAAAAAAAACCACAGUAGGUACAAUAAGCACAGAGAUGUUUGUCUCUUCAUCCCAAUCUAAGAUUUAUUUAUUGUGCUGUAAUUCAUAGGCCGCAAUAACCAAUAAAUGGAAACGCAUACAUAUUCUAUUGCAGCUUAAUUUUUUUAUUUAUUUUUUGUUCUUAGUUCCAUUCUUAUGCAGCAUAUUCUUAGACAAAUACCUUAAGUAACUUAUUUUGAUGUUCCUUCAAAUGUAAAAGCCGCUUGUAAACGUUUACCACUCUGAGAUUGGCUUUGGAACAUUUUUGUAAAUAUAACUUAUUAUAAGAAUUACUCAACUAUAAUUACUCAACAAAAAGUUUCUCAUGUUGAUUGUAUUAUACUUAAUUAUUAUUUGAGACUGAUAAUUUCCUGAUAAUUUACUGAAUUAUUUGUCAUUGUGACCAUACGUUUAAGUAUUAUAUCUACUAAAUUAGAUGUUUUGUAUUAAUUAUAAAUGUUACGGUGCAGAUGUUUGAUUUGUAACAUUUAUUAUAUAAAAUAAUUUCUUCCAUGAAAUUCUUCAAUUUUAUAAACAUUGGUGUGGUUAAUGAUGUUGCUCAAACUGAUUGACUUUAAAACAUGUAGUUACACUAUACGAAAUUUAGUUCUGUGAUCAAAUAAAUUAUGUGAUCU